GGCAUUCAGGGAACUCAACGUUUGGAAAUAUACAGACCAGAGUCUGCAGCUUCCAAGAAUCUUGUUACUCUGCAUUGACCUUCUGCAGAAGGGAAGUCAAGUCACUAGGAGAAUGGGAAGUUGCUAUCAUGAAGGGCGUUCUUUCCCCAGCAUAAAACUUGACAGAAGUUCCUGCAACUAUAAAAUGUGCUGGUGCCAAGGAAAGAAGCAGAGAUAACCACAGCCAUGGAGCAACUUGGUUAUAACAAACAGGAAAAUUCUGCUUGUAUGGAACUCGAAAUGAAGGAACCAAGCAGGAAAAGAGGUUGCCACUUCUUUUAUUCUGCCCAAAGGAAUACCACUGAAAUCCUGUGUGCCUUGCUGCUGAUCUGCUUCGUGAUCUUCACAGCUGUCAUUAUAGCAAACCAAGGAAAAACAUCCAGGGAGCUGUCCGAUGUGAGGCUGAAGAUUGAGAAAAUCCCAGUGAAUUCCACAAAAGAUCUGUCAGACUUUCUGUACUCAAUAGGGAUGUCCAAAGAAUUGAAGACAAUCAACAGUCAGCUUCUUCAUGUAUCUAAGGAAGUGGACAACACAAAGUUGAAACUAAGAGAAAUCCAAGCAGAUUCUAAGAAAGAUCUUCAGAACUACACAGAUAUAAAGAGCCUCACACAUUCUAUGUUCAGGGAACUGACUGAGGAGCUGACUGAGGUGAAAAGAGCCUGUAACGGGUUUCAAAAUAUCUUGAGCAGCAUACAGAAGGAAAUACGGAAUCUGUCUGAUGCCAUAUGUACAAGAUGUCCACAAGGCUGGCUACCUUUUCAGAAAACCUGCUACUACUUUUCAAACUCAACUAAAUCCUGGACCAAUGCUAAGGAGUUCUGUAUUGAUCAAGGAUCCCACCUGGUUAUUGUUAAUACUGAACAUGAAAAUAGCUUUCUGUCCAACUACAUUCUUGACUCCCGUGCUUAUUGGCUGGGCCUAACUGACACAGAGAAGGAAGGAGACUGGCGGUGGUUGGAUGGCACCUCCCUUUCUCUCCGGUUCUGGAACACUGGGGAACCCAACAAUGUUGGACAACAGGGUGAAGACUGUGGCAGCAUGAUCUCCCAGGGAAAGUGGAAUGAUGCAGUCUGCUCUGUGGCACAUUAUUGGAUCUGUGAACAGAAACGUUAGCUGAGUCCUUAAAUUCAUAGAGGGGAGGAGAACAAUCAUAUAGUGGACAAGAUGAAGAUGUGACAUGCCCUGAGUGCUUCGUUUUGUUAAUGCUUGGGUCUACUGCAAAGCAUAGGGCUUAUGGGACAUAAUUCUGAAAAGCAGAUCAGUAUUUUUUUUCAUUUAGUCCAUUUCCCCAACAUGCUGUGCCCCAAAACAAAAGCAUUUCCUGUGAUCUGGUCUGUAGGGUCUAGCAUUACAUGUGGUUCACGCUCUUUCCUGGGCAAGAUACAAUUACUCAGGCUGGUAGAUCUCAGUGGCUGCUGCUUAUCCUUCCUGGCACAGGGCUGGAUUCUGACCUUAGAUUGCACCACUAUAAAUGCAGAGAUUGACCUGAUUUCAGUGGAGUCAUUCUUUACUAGUGGGGAAAGACUGAAAUUAGGCCCUUCUGACUAAAGUGUCCUUUUAUAAAUAUCACCCAGCAGUUCUGGCAGGAGGAAAAAUGCUUGUUUGUAAGGCACAGGGCUGGGACAGAGGGGAUCUGGAUUUUGCCUUUGACCAUCUUGUACCUUACAACGUAAGCUCCUGGUGGCAGGCGCUUUUCUCAUUCUUUCUCUCUCUCUCUCUCUCUCUCUCUCUCUCUCUCUCCAGUACCGAGCACAGCAGGGCCCCAAAUGCCAAUGGGGCCUCCAGCAGCUACUAUUGCAUCUUUAUUUCCGAGAUCACAGAUAUCCGUCUUUCAGGUGCUUACAUUCCUGGGUUUUAAAGAUUCAAAGUCCAUUUCUAUUCAUUGACUUCUCCUUUCUCAGCAACGGUACAAUAAUUCUCACCAUAUUUAUUCACUUGCCUUAUUGUGUACUCUGCCCUCCUCUUUAACAACCUGUUCCCAGCAGCUUGAGGCAUUUCUUUGAUGUUCAUUAUUCAGACUAUGAAACUUUAUGUUCAUUAGAGUUCCUACAUACCAUCAAGUGCAUUGGGAAUAGCACAGUCCCACCUGAUGCAAUGUGCUGAUUUUAAGUAAAUCUUAUAAAAGGCAAGAGGCAAGUAGGCAUUUGGGGAACUCAAAACCCAGAAAUAGAAGGACCAGGGGCUGCAGUUAUAAAGGAUCUUGCUCUAAAUAGAAAGUAUGCAGAGUCAGGCCACUUGGAGAAUGGGAAGUACAGUCAAAGACAUUAAUUCUUCCAAAAAGUGACUGUAACGGCAGGGUCCUCCAGGAGGGCCGUGAUCUCCUUGAGGCCCCCUCUCCGUGCCAGGUCGGCCCA